UCAGCACGUUCGAUUACCUAUUGUCAACUGAGUUUAAGCUCAAAAGCGAGGAGGCAGUUGAUGGCCUUCCCUCGUAAGUUUAAUCGCGUACCUCAAGAAUCUAUGUUUCCAGUGCACAUUAGCCUAAAAACUUUAGGAUUAGGUAUGACUAAUCGUUUUUUCUGUUCUAGGUAUGGUCAACUAUCGGGAUUAGUAGAACCGAUUGCUGGUUUAAUUGGUGUGUUGUUUGUUCAAGCGGCUGAUUCAUUACUUCCUUAUGCACUGUCAUUUGCAGCUGGAGCAAUGAUAUUUGUAGUAUUUAAUACUAUAAUACCAGAGAUAACACCACAAAAUCGUAUACUCUCGUCAUGGUGGGUAAUAAUUGGAUUUAUUGUUAUGAUGAUAUUGGAUGUUGCUUUUAGUUGA